AUGCGCUUAGGCACACAGCUGUUAGUGGGGGCUGCUCAGAGGUUCGUCCACGGCCGACUACCAUACCACCUGCUGAAGCCAGACCCCGCCUUGAGGCACCUGCUUGAUUCGCUUCCUCAACGCAAAUUUGUGUUCACCAACGCCGAUCGCGCCCACGCCAGUCGCUGCCUGCACCUGCUGGGCCUGGAAGGGUGCUUUGACGCCGUCAUUGCAUUCGAGGACGUCAUGGCGCACCACCCGUCUCUGCCCUUCUCCCUGCGAAACAACUUCCGCCCUUCAUGCACCACCUCUGACAUCCCUAACGUUUCUGACGGCUCUGACUGUCUUCUGGACUCCGACCGUGGCCUGCUGCCGUCCUCCCUGCCGCCCAUUCCCUCCGCCUCCUCCACCGCCUCCCUCCCGUCAGCUAACCUGUCAGGCGAUAGCAGUAAUGGCAGCAGUGGCAGCAGCUCUCCAGAGCGAUUGCUACCAAUCAGUAUCCAGGAUCAGCAAGAAGGACCAACCGCCGCUGCGUCAGUGCAGAUGCACUGGUGGAGCAUGCUGCUGCUGCUCACCCUCUUGCUGCACACGCUCAUCGUGACGUCGCCAGGCUAG